UAUCAUCAUUCUCCUUCCUAGGAAUAUUAAAACAAUGUAAAAAGUUAGUAAAAGGUAUUGAGUGAUACUACUCUACAAAAGCGUAUAAAAAAACGUUAGAAAGGUGAAAGGAAAGUGAGAAGCCAGCUUGAGUGUCACUACUACUACUAGUUUGUUGCAGUAGCAAUGAAAUCAAACAGUUCACGCUUCCCUUGACUUUGAUCCUCUCUUUUUUACACUCCAUUGAUCCACCUCCACCAUAUCCUUCCUUCCUACCUUUUCCUUCUCUCUCUCUCUCUCUCUUUCUUUCUUUUUCAGGCAAUUUAGUAUUCUAAUUCGUUAAGAUUUUGUAUGUACUUCUCUUUCUUUCUUUCAAUUUUCAAUUCCUUAAUAUACUUGACCAUUAUUGUUUUGUACAGUUCUUUCUACUGUAGUACUGUUUACUACUACUACUACUACUACUCAUGAAUGUCUGUGUGAGUUGAUUGGGUUUUAGUUCUUUUAGACACCAAGUAAAGAAAAAGAUAUGCUGGGAAUCUGCUUUCGAUUUCCACUCAUCAAUUUUAAUCCGGGUUUGUUUGUUUUUCCCUUUUCCCCUUUUUUAAACUAUACAGUGGAGAUUGAAUUAUGACUAGUGCUUGGCCUUUGGCCUUUCAGUUUCAGACCCUCAUGCUCUGUUUUUCUUUCUUUCUUUUGGGUUGCUUUAACGAAAAAAGGUUUCUUUUUGGGAUAAUCUUAAUAAGUAGUUUUUUUUUCUUCUCUUCCGUUGCUUCCGCAUGAGAAAAGGGCAAUUUGCUGAAUCGGGAAGAUUCAUUGCCUUGAUUUUUUGACAACCCAUAUUUCCAAUUUGGUUUAGUCUUCAGUUUUUGGAUCUGAUUGCUUGGGAAAAUUUAUUUGAGCUUCUUGAUGUUGCUGUGAUUUUGAUUUGUGUAUUUUAAUGGUGGGUUUUCCUUUUGAUGUUCCUUUUGGUACUGGGAAUUUCGGUUUCUUUGUUGUUACUGAGAAGAAACGCGAAUACCUAAGAUUAUUAGCUGUAAAUUUCACCUUUACCUUUCUUUUCUCUUUUACGAGCUUUUGAAAUCUCAAGAAAGUUAAAUUUUACAGUGAAAUGAAUUGGUUUUAGCUGGAAAGAAUCUGCAUAAUUUAUUGGUGCGACUGCUGGGGAACAAUUUUAUCCAUUCGCCCUUAUAUGCCUAUUUCCAUGUGCUGAAGUAUUCCUAGACAUGAAGAUGCUUUGUAUCUGCCACUGCGUAAUCAUUUUAAUAUAUAAAUGCUCGACUUUUUCAAAUGACCAUUUUAUUUGUAAUUAUGUUACUUGUAUGUUUGGUCGGGAAACAAGCAUAGAUUCUCUGUUGUAGUGUUUCAGUGUUAGAUAUUCUUGUCCUUAAAUUUUUUUCUGUACUGUUUUUGACGAAAUCUAAAUGUCUGCAUUUUACUAUGUUCAUUGUGAAUAUUAGGUAGAGAGGCUCUUGCAUGAUCUCGGAGUGCAGCACCACAAUUUAUGAUGCCCAGAACAGGAAGCUGUUGAUUCUCUUAUAGCGGAUAUAUGGCGUCUACCGGAUUGGGGCACACGGGAGUUGGGAGUUCCAGAAGUACUAAUGGCUUCAAGGGAUCAUCAAGUUCAAUGGACUGGCUUGGAAGAGAGAUGCUUGCUAUGAGAUUGAGGGACAGGGUUGGCCACAACAAUGAUAGUGAUAGCGAACCUGAUAUUAUAGAUGGUGUGGGUGCUGAAGCCGGUCAUGUCAUAAGGACGACUAUAGGUGGACGAAGUGGUCAAGCCAAACAGGUUGUCAGUUACAUAGCAGAACAUGUAAUUGGAACUGGUUCGUUCGGUGUUGUUUUUCAAGCAAAAUGUAGGGAAACUGGAGAAAUUGUUGCUAUCAAAAAAGUGCUACAGGACAAGCGUUACAAGAACAGGGAGUUGCAGAUCAUGCAAAUGCUAGACCAUCCUAAUGUUGUUUCCCUUAAGCAUUCUUUCUACUCGACAACAGACAAAGAAGAAGUGUACCUGAAUCUUGUUCUUGAAUUUGUGCCUGAAACUGUGAAUCGCAUUGCUAAACAAUACAGUAGAAUGGGCCAAAGGAUGCCACUGAUCUAUGUCAAGCUUUACACGUAUCAGAUAUGUCGGGCGUUGGCAUAUAUUCAUAACUGUAUAGGAAUUUGUCACCGUGACAUCAAACCUCAGAAUUUACUGGUAAAUCCUCAUACACACCAACUGAAAAUUUGUGACUUUGGAAGUGCAAAAGUUUUGGUGAAAGGGGAGCCCAACGUGUCCUAUAUUUGUUCAAGAUAUUACCGAGCUCCUGAACUUAUAUUUGGUGCAACUGAAUACACAACUGCAAUUGACAUUUGGUCUACAGGUUGUGUGAUGGCUGAGUUACUCCUAGGGAAGCCUUUAUUUCCCGGAGAGAGUGGAGUUGAUCAAUUAGUUGAAAUCAUCAAGGUUCUGGGAACACCCACAAGAGAGGAGAUUAAAUGCAUGAAUCCAAACUACACGGAAUUUAAGUUUCCUCAGAUAAAGCCACAUCCAUGGCACAAGGUCUUCCAAAAAUGUUUGCCCCCAGAAGCAGUGGAUCUUGUUUGCCGGUUUUUCCAAUACUCGCCUAAUUUAAGAUGCACUGCUUUGGAAGCUUGUGUUCACCCUUUCUUUGAUGAAUUAAGAGAUCCUAACACCCGACUCCCAAAUGGACGUCCUCUUCCACCACUCUUCAAUUUUAAACCUCAAGAGCUGGAGGGCAUACCUACUGAAACAGUUCGCCGUCUUAUUCCAGAGCAUGCUCGAAGGCAGAACCUGUUUAUGGCUUUGAACUCUUCUUAGUGGAUGAUCUUGGCACGGUUCAGAGUCCUCAAAAACUGUUGCCAGCCACACCGCAUUGCCUCGUAACGCCUGUAAAAUCUUCUCCUAGUCGAUUAAACGGAUCAUUUCUGCCUGUCUGUCUAAGUUGCAAUGAAUUUCUCAGUAGAAUCUGGGAGAUGAGUGAAAUAUGAAUAGCGAAUACAGGAAUCCUCAUUUUGCUGGAUGAGACGAACAAGGAAAAACUAGACUCACUAUUUUUUUUUAUUUAUUGUUAAGUUUAUCACCUCAACCUGAGUGUAUGUUCUAAGAUUUUGGGUUUUGCUAUAUGCACCUGUUGAUUUAAUCAACACAAUUUUUACCUCUAAAUUUGCAUCUUGGAACGUUAAACACAAUUACACUCAUGCACUUAUAUGACCGUGUUAAAAUAGUCAAGUCGAGCAAUCCUUCAAAUUGUCUCUAUCUAUCAAGGUGUAAUCCAAGGG